AUGGAGCCCAACUUGGGUUAUUCCAGGAUGUUCUUUUUACUCCUCCUUGCUUCGUCUUCAUUCAUUUUCCUCUCACACUUGGCUUCUGCAGCCACUCCCAAGCUCAACACUCGAGAGGUGAAUGCAUUGAAGGAGAUUGGGAGCAAGAUUAGGAAGAAGGAUUGGGACUUUGGAGUGGAUCCUUGCAGUGGAAAAGGGAAUUGGAACGUUUCUGAUGAUAGAAAAGGAUUUGAGACCUCUGUGAUAUCCUUGAAGGCUCAGAAUCUGUCUGGGAGUCUCUCACCAGAGUUUUCCAAGCUUCAUUAUCUCACACAAUUGGACCUCAGUCGUAACGUCAUCACUGGUUCUAUACCUCGACAGUGGGCUACCAUGCGCUUGGUUGAGAUCUCUUUAAUGGGAAACAGAUUAUCUGGGCCAUUCCCUCAAGUUCUCACCAAUAUCACAACCCUCAGAAACUUGAGGAUAAGCGACAAUAAUUUCUUUGGGAAGAUACCUGAUUUCAUUAGUAAUUGGACAGUGAUAGAAAAGCUGCAUAUGCACGGUUGUUCUCUUGAGGGGCCAAUACCUUCAAGCAUUUCUGCUUUGACAAGUUUAAGUGAUUUAGACUUGAGUUACAAUGACUUGAGUGGAGAGAUACCUGAAUCUUUUGCCGAACUUGACAAAGUAGACUUCAUGUAUCUUACUGGGAACAAGUUAUCAGGGGUUAUACCUGGCUGGGUCCUAGGAAAUAACAAAAAUAUAAACCUUGUUGAGAGCUACUCUUCAUCUGUAAAUACGCAAAAUAAGAUUCAUUCAUGCUUAAAAAGGAACUUUCCAUGCCCUGCUUCAGCUAGCCAAUAUCAGUACGCCUUGAACAUUAAUUGUGGGGGCAAGGAAGCAAAUGUUAGUGGUCAUAUUUAUGAAGCUGACAGUGAACGAAAAGGUGCUGCGAUGUUAUAUUACACUAGCCAGGAUUGGGCUCUGAGCAGCACUGGAAACUUCAUGGACAAUGAUAUUGACUCUGAUCCAUAUACUGUGACCAAUACUUCUAGACUUAAUGUCUCUGCACUCAACUCACAACUAUACACAACAGCUCGCGUUUCUCCCCUUGCUCUCACAUACUAUGGCCUCUGCCUAAUAAAUGGAAAUUACACAAUCAAGCUUCACUUUGCAGAGAUUAUUUUCAUCAAUGAUAGGUCACUUAAUAGUCUUGGAAAGCGGGGGAAUUUAGUGCUUAAAGACCUUGAUAUCCAAAGAGAAGCUGGUGGUACUGGCAAGCCGAUUGUAAAGACAUUCAAUGCUACUGUCACCCAACAUACUUUGAAGAUUCACUUCUACUGGGCUGGAAAAGGAACCACUGGCAUUCCCACAAGAGGAGUUUAUGGACCUCUAGUAUCUGCUAUUUCAGGAUGGCAACAGAACUUAUGUCAUACUGGCAAUUGGCAUAGUCGCUGGUGUUUUGGUUCUUCUACUUCUGGUGCUGGUUUUCAUGAGGUGGAUGGGAUGGUUAGGAGGAAAAGAUCCAGUGGCCUACUAUCAGAUGGUACAAUAAUAGCCGUAAAGCAGCUAUCUUCAAAAUCUAAACAAGGAAACCGUGAGUUUGUGAAUGAGAUGGGGUUGAUAUCUGGACUCCAACAUCCCAAUCUUGUUAAGCUUUAUGGAUGUUGUGUGGAGGGGAACCAGCUAAUACUGAUAUACGAGUAUAUGGAAAAUAAUUGUCUCUCUCGGGUUCUUUUUGGGAGGAACCCAGAGAACAGAAUAAAACUAGACUGGCCAACAAGGAAGAAAAUUUGUCUUGGAAUAGCUAAAGCUUUGGCUUAUCUUCAUGAAGAGUCGAGAAUAAAAAUCAUACAUAGGGAUAUAAAGGCAAGCAAUGUAUUGCUCGACAAGGAUUUUAAUGCUAAAGUUUCAGAUUUUGGGUUGGCAAAACUUAUUGAAGAUGACAAAACCCAUAUUAGCACUCGAGUUGCAGGAACAAUUGGUUAUAUGGCUCCUGAGUAUGCAAUGCGUGGCUAUCUAACCGACAAAGCAGAUGUUUAUAGCUUUGGGGUGGUUGCACUGGAAACUGUCAGCGGAAAGAGCAAUACAAAUUUCAGGCCAAACGAGGAUUUUGUUUACCUUCUUGAUUGGGCCUAUGUUUUGCAAGAGAGAGGGAGUCUUCUGGAGCUGGUUGACCCAGAUUUGGGUUCAGAAUAUUCAACUGAGGAGGCCAUGGUGGUGCUAAAUGUGGCUCUCUUAUGUACUAAUGCAUCUCCUACGCUUAGACCAACAAUGUCUCAAGCUGUGAGCAUGCUUGAAGGUUGGACUGAUAUUCAGGAUCUACUUUCUGAUCCGGGAUAUUCAGCUGUUAGUUCCAGUUCCAAGUAUAAGAGCAUAAGAAAUCACUUCUGGCAGAAUCCAAGUAGAACGCAUAGCAUGUCAAUACCUAGUGUAUAUACUGAUUCCUCUGGGUCACAUGUUGAAACAGAAAAGAGCUAUCAACUUGUAACAGUUAAUUCAGAUGGAUCAGACAAGGGAAAUUAG